AUCUAGCUCUUGAUGGUCCUUGUAUGGAGAGUACAGAUGCCAGAAAAAUUUGUUUCACAAAAUAGUAUAUUUUAUUUAACAAAAGGAAGAUUUACAGAAAAUUCUAGUCCAACUGAAAAAUGAACUCAGGUUUCACUGCCACCAGUUUGAUCACCUGUGCUUCCGUGCAUUUCCAUUUAAUGGUGUGUUGCGAAGUAAACAAAGAUGCUGUUGGUGAACAUUGAAUGCAAACCAAAUUUUUAAUUUAUUGUAGACCGUAUUCUUUUGCACUUCGUGCAGAAAGGAAACAUGGAAAUGUGUCAAGAAAGAAACUGAGCCUAUUGAUUAGGUAAUAAAUAUGCCGAAUGAUGAUAAACUGAAAGCCCUUUUGUCAGAUUUGGGUCGAGCCACUCUGCGGGGUGUAAGAAAGUGUCCCAAGUGUGGCACAUACAAUGGAACUCGGGGGCUUAUUUGUAAGAAUAGAGCCUGUGAUGUUGUGUUCAAAGAAGGAGGAGAGAAGAGGAAAAUGUCAACAGAGGCUUGCAAACUUAUAACAGGCACCACAACACAGGUAUUCUCGGUAAGAGUGAGGGACAAGGGGCCAGAUUAUCGGGGCUUUGUCCAGCUUCCAGUAAUUCAGGCAUCUGAUUCAACAGAUUCAUUGGAUUCAGAAGCAGCUCUCAUCACACAGACAUCUGCACUGUGCUUUGUAGAUACUUGUCAGAGAUCAUUUGAUGCCAGCAUUCUUAAAUGUCAUGAGAAGACUGCUCCUCUGACUCCAACAACAUGUCAGCACAUACAAGCAGCAUUAAGGUGCUAUGCAGAGGCACAACCUCUUACACUCAAGAAUUCAGUGUUGUCAUCCCUGAAUGUUAGCAAUGAAAUAAAACAGGCAGUAUGGCUACUGGCAACUGAGACUACAGGCCCAUUGGUGCAGAGAGUAUCAAAAAACAUCAUGGCUGUUAAAUGUAAGGCAAGCCCUAAGCAUCCACUGGGUUACCUCCAUUUUAGCUUCUUCAUGUCCAAAUUGAAGGAUAGAAUUGAGAACAAGUAUUUCUGCAGUUGCACUGCAUUUAAGGGACAAGUGAAGCAAGCCACAAACAAAGAAGACCCUACAUUCAAGCGUUGUGUUCAUUUUUAUGCUUGCAUCUGCGCAUUUGCUAGUGACCUGAAAUUAAAUGAAGAGUUCUCAUAUUACAUCAACCUCGACAAGUUUCCUGUAGCUUUGCCCUCUACCCCCACAACUCCUACAGAACAGCAGCAACAUCUGGUGGCAAUUCUGAGUGAUGAAGAUGGGACUGGAACUUGUGAAGUUGAAGUUGAGGUUCUAAGAGAGGAGGCGGCUUUGCUAGAGGCUACAGGCAUCACUGUUGCUGAUGAUGUUACAAUAGCACAGGUCCAUGGCCUAGAAGUGUUGUCCACUGAACAAGUACAAUUUCAGAUUCAAGCAAUGGAUCCAGACUCUCUAAACUUCAGUGAGAGUAUCUUACAAGACACACCUGAAGAUCUGCAGCCAACACAAACAACACAGCAGUUAGAGAUGCUGAGUGUGAAACGUAAGCGGCAGGAUCAUAACAUAGUGACACCAUUGCAAGAGGUGGGUGGCAAAAAACCAAACUCUACCAGGAAAAAUAAUUCUGCCAUUGGAGUUAGGAAACAAGAACCAGUAGAUGAAAAUGCAGCUAACGUUACAUUUAUCCAGUGGUUGGCAUCUGUGACAGAGAGGAUAAAUCAGGCAAUGCACUUCCAGUUCAGUGGGAAGCCAGACGCACUAGUAUUCCAUGUUCCACAGUUGUUCUUUGACUGCUUGAGAGAACGAAUUUCAUGCGGAGGGAAAAAGAAACGAUUACCAAACUUUACAACUGGCUUUGUACGACGUGAUGCUGUUCCACUUGGGACAUUCACCAAGUACACAUGGCACAUCACAAACAUCAUUCAUGUGAAGCAGAUAUUUGAGACACCAUUGAUGCCAUUGGAGAUCACCCGCAGCUUUGUGGAGAAUCGUGAUGGUACCUAUGAACCUUUCCAUCGACGUAAAGAUGAGAAUGAGGCUUUCCGAAAAACCGAUAGCCAGCCUCUAAUAAAACCUCUGGAGUUGAAAACGUAUCUUAGAGUUGGCAAUAUGUCGCCUGAUCAGCAGGAGCCAACACCAUUCCUCAUAGAGUGGAUACCUGACAUCCUUCCACUCAGCAAGAUCGGGGAACUGCGAAUUAGGUUUGAGUUUGGGCAUCAGCGCAAUGGACAGCCUGAGAAGAGAAUUCAGCGACCAUUAGCUCGGACUCUUCCUGAUAUAUCUAUCACACGCAUUACGAAUCAACAUGUACUGCAACUGUAAUGUGUAAGAAGAGAGCAUAGUUACAAAAAGAAAAGGGGGAAGGGUAUUAAGCCCUAUGGUUUGCACCUGCUGUAAUUAUAGUGCAACUGUGUAGGAAGGGUCACGUCCCUUAACAGAUGUGGGGCCAGUCUUCCAGCUUAUUGACAGUAUUACAUUUGUUACACCACAAAUAUGUGGAGAAGAAAAUGUCUGAGAUUCCUCGAUUGAAUGGAGUCACUAUAUAAUUGAAUAAGAUGAAUGGUGAUCUCUAAUGUGAGUAGGGUUUGGUCUAUAGGAAAAUUGGAUCAGUUGUUUGAAAGUUACAAUAAUGCAGAGUAGAUUGGAUCAGGGAGCCAUAAUAUAAGUAGGUCUAAUCACAGUUAGCUAUUCUGUAUCACAACUGAAAUCAGAUUUUAUACAGCUUUCAGUUUUUUAGAGAAAGAAGAUAUUUCUGAAUAAUUCAGAACUUAAAAUAAAUACAUGGAAAUUGAGAAUAGACACUGAACCACAGCAAGUAUUAUGAUUGUAUUAAUCAUAUUAGUAGAGCUUGUGUUGUUGUAUGCUUGUAUGUAGACGUUAUUUGCUUAGAAAAAUUGAAUGUACUUUGCCAUUGGUAACAACCAGGAAAAUGCCCAUGUUGUAAGAAAGUUUACAAGGAGAUUUUGUGUGCUACUGGCGGCAAUGUCUGUUAAUUUCUUUUUAUCAAAGGAUGUCUCUGUAUGUUUAGUAAAGAGACUGAUGUAUACUAUAAUCUGUGAAUAAAUGUAACUGACAUAUGUAUAUAUAGAUAGACAUGUUGGCUUAAAAAAUUUUAUUUUCAGAUUUUAAAAUAGAAAUGAUCUGUUGUGUUUGCCAGAUUCUUUUAUUGAAAAAUGCAUAUCUUACCAUAUGAUUAAUUAUAAAAAUUUAUUAGGACAGUGUACACGUUGCUGGAUAUAUGUAUAUUGAGUAUAUAAUAUGUUAACCCUUUAUAGCCCAGUGUAACUGUCUACUUUAACAGUCAGUAAUGCCACUUUUGUAAUUAUGUGUUUUUUAUGAUUCUAACUGUAAACAACAUUAAGUAGUUGAUCUUUGUAAUAUAGAAGUGUCAUGUUUUCUUUCUGGUAUGGAAAGAAUUCUUUCAUAUUAUUCAGAUAACUUUGGCUUCAGUGGUUUAACCACUUUUAAAAUUCCUUCUAUAUGCCCUGUGUUUUGAAAAUGAGUCACAUUCUACCACAUAAUUGAGUAGAUGAUGGCAGUGAGUAUGAUAAUUGGCAGAGCUGAGAAUUAUACACAAACAUCUGUGCCCUAGAUUAGAUCGAGCUACUAGCAUGUCUCUCUGGUGGCUAUUGAGAAAUCAAAGUAUCUGACAAAAAUUGCCAAUUAGUCACUUGAAAAAUCUAUAAUUAUCCAGAUCCUGCUAACCAGAAUAAAAUAUGAAAUAAAACAAAUGGUUUUAUUUACAGAAAUAGAAUAAAUUGCAUAUAUGUUGAAGCUACUUUUGGAAUUAAAAAUAUAACACACGGAAACCCACUUAUAAUUUAGAUGCUCUUAUACAUGUACAGCUUAUAUUGAGAGACUAAAUUGUUUUGAAAUGCAUAUACAAAGAAAGAGUAUUAUUAGGAAAAAGAUAUAAGAAUGUACAGUUAUUUCAACACUAAUAUUUUUGCUGCUAGAAUAUAUAUGGCUUGGAUUUUGUUCUUGUAUGAUAUAUCUUUUUCUUUCAAAAGAUCCUUGUAUAUAUAAAAUUAAAAUGUACAGUAAUAUAUAGCAUAUCAGUAGUAUGUUCCUCCAAAACACUAAAAAUUCUGUUACUAGCAGAUAAGUUAGUGCAAUCAUGGAAUAUGUAAAUAAUAGCCAGUCAUCAUCAGUUCAUACUAUAACCUUAUGAAUUUUUUUGAGGUACUUGUGGCAGUGAAGGUGUCAUUGUUGUGUUCUGAGUUAUGUGGUAUGGACUUGUGGACAGUUAGUUACCAUUGUUUUGGAAGGUGAAGAUUGGGGCAGCAUGUGCCUGCAAAAUGUUGGUAAUGUUAAGAAUUCUGUUACUAUCAGAUAGGUCAGUAGAAAUUAGUUUUCUUUUUAUAUUUUAUACAUAAAAUAGGUAGCAUAAUAUUAUUAUACUGGUAUAUAUUUUUGGCUGUUUCAAUCAUCUUGCUUUUUGUAUAAAAUUUUUUGUUAGAAGCCAGGCUCUGCUUUUGUCAUUAGCUAGAAAAGUGAAACCUGCUUCAUUGUGCUAAUUAGAUGUAGCUAUCUCUCUGGAAAUGGAGAUUAGCUCCAUCUAAUGGACCCCAACAGAGUAGUUUUCUCCCUCAUACCUGAUGACAAGCAGAGCCUGGGUUAUGAAAUGAGAUGAUGGAAAAAGACCAAAUCUUCAGACUUAUAGCAUAAUAUUAAUUUAAUUUGUAUGCCUUCAUAACCAGGUUUAUUUUGAUAAGAAAAUUAAAGCAGUUUUAAAAAUACGUUUAAAACUGUAAAUGCAGUUACUUUUGAUUUAAGGUUUUUGAAUGAUCUUUUACAAUUCAUUCUUUUAUUUUGUGUUACUGGUUUUUUAUUCUCUCUCCCCGCAUCACAUGUUGCAUGUUGUCCACUGAGUUGUUUAUGAUGUCCCAUUUCAGGAGUUGGCUAUACCCCUUAUAUGUGUAUCAAAUAUACUUCAGACAAUGGACAAUAUGCAGUAUACCUAUGAUAUAAUGAAAUGACUGUUGCUGCAAACAUUUCAUGCAUUGGUUAAAUUUCUCCUGUGAUUGUAUAUAAAAAUGUUAUUUGUGAUUCUGUCUUCUCAUAAUGCUGUUUCAUUAAUUUAAUUAUUGUUGAUUUCUUCAAGGAUUAAAUGUAAUAUAUUAUAUGUAAUGUAUUAUUUUGUUGUAGUGUAAGACUUUUGUUUGAAAAUAUUUGAGUACUGGAUAUGUAUUGAAAUAAAUUAAGUAAAUGUACAUUUGCCCCAUUUUCAUAAAAUGUUACCCUAAUUGCACAUAUGAACAAAAGUUGAUUUAAUUAAAAUUUAAAAAUAGUCAACACUAUUAAGUUUCAUAUAACCAUUGUACAGUUUAGACGGCACAUAUGCCGAAGACAUUUUUGUAUAUUAUUUCCUAAUGUUAUAUAAAUUAACAAAGUUGUGACUUUGUGGGAUAUUUUGUACAUAUUUUAUGUUGGAGCAUGUUUUUUAUAUGUAAAAAUUUGCAAAUAAUUCUUAAAAGUACAGGGAUGAGAAAUUGUUUGUUUCUGAUCUCUCAGAACCUAAUCACGCUAUCAAUCUGUAAAUAAUUGUGUGGUUAUAGCCUAUGAUGGUUCAGAGAUAAAUUAAUUUUGCAUAUUUUCUUUUCAUAACUAUGUAUUGCUACAGUUGGCUUACAGAUUUUGACACAUCCAUUACAAGUAAAGAGUAGUAACAUUAUAUACGUAUCUGAAAAAGUUUUGUUGUGUUUCAGAAUCAAAUGGCCUAAGAAUCACAUACAUGACUCACUUGUACAUUUCCCUUGAAAUGAAGAGAUGUUUUCAGAGCUUUGUUUGCAUCUGUUGAGAUUGGUUAUGAGGAGGAUGGUGAACAACAUAAGCCUCCUAUUCAACUGUGACAGUACAAACAAGGCUGUGACACUCAUGGAAAAAUAUUAAAUUUAAUUGUAUGUUCACAAUAACAAAUAGCCAGUUCAGUGGAGUAAUCAUUAAAGCUGUGAAGCUUCAUUCUUUCAUCCCACUGAAUGUGAUAAAAUAGUAUUUUUAUUUCUGCUUGUAUAAUUUAUCUUUUAUGUAACCAUAUUUGGCUUCUAGUUUUAACAUCAAUAUUUUCAGACCAGUAUAGUUUUCCUGUCGUAAUUUGGUAUUAACUCAUUGGCAUAGAAUUCAUUUUAGUAUACUGGGCCCUCAGUGUUAAUGCACAGUGUUUUGUGAAAUAAAUUAAAAGUGCCAUGAUGGGAUAGUCUAAUCUAAUUGUUCCGAUAGCACAAGUGGUGUGCAUGUCUUUCUUUGCUGCAGUAUAUAAUCUUAUACCUUUAAAAAUAAAUUAACUGUCCAGUUUUAAUGACAA